AUGGAUACGAUGGGUAGGAAUAUUCGGUUUCAGGAUGGGCAUAUCGCAACUCGAAAACAAGCUGAAACUUGGCUUCGGCGAGCUGCGAUAGCUUGCUUUCCGAGCUACUACCAUUUCAGCGAAGUUUAAGUUAGCGCAUUUGGUCCCCGAUCUCAGCCCGGUGACUUUCCGGAGGAGCUAGUAAAAAGGGAAUGACGAUUAAUUUUUUUUUUAUUUUAGAGUGUGUCAGUUUUGUUACUUGCCCGGUUGGAUUCAUCUGUUUUGACGGAAUCUGCAUUCCAAAUCCCUUCCCGCCACCAUUUCGGGCCAGGGACAGAUCGGGUCGCCACACUUCGGGUCAACGACACCUCGGGUCACCGACAUUUCGGGUCAACGAUACCGUUUUCCCCAAUCGUCCCAGUUCCGAUUAG